UAUUUAUUAACUAAUAAUUACGUAAAAGUUACGAAAAAUUAUUUAUUUUGUGUCCAUAUUUGCUUAAAUUAUGUAUGUGUGACUAAUCAUUGAGAUAGCCGUGAAAUGAGCGUAAUCGCCAUUUCGAAACCAAUUAAAAACAAUAACAACAACUGCAAAACGAGAAAUUACGAUAAAAGCCAAGAGUAUUUUCUUACACGGUCGGUCAUAUCAGGAGAAGUGUUGCCAAUAAGUUUCGCUAGUUUUUUUUUUAAUUAAUUUCAUUUUUAAUGUAAUUUCAUUGAUAAAUUUAGUUUUGAGCGUAAAAUUCACUCUAAUAAAAAAAUAGUAGGUUUUGUUUUUUUAAGUAAGACUAAUCACUUUGAAUACGGAAAAUGUAUUUAUUUUAAAAUAGUUUGGUUUUGAAAUCUGGUAGGACAGUUACGAAAAUGGUCAAAGCAGAAAGACAACAAAUUCCAAUUUCCAACUGUAAAAUGCAUAAGUGAUGAUUAGGAAGCAAAGAAGUGACUGAAAUAAUUUGACUUUUGUUCCUAUUUGAGCAUAUUUAAUUUUGUAUCAGAAACAAUUUAUUAUGCCUAAAAGUAAAAUUAGCACAAAUUUUGCUAAAGUGAAUAUUUGUCAUAAGUUAAGAGACUGUUGAAGCUGUUUCGGUGACAGCGGAACUGUAUCUCAAUUCCAACAAGUGCAUCGCCUACGUAACUACCCGUCUGCAAAAUAUACACUAUUGUUGUUCUGCCUUUGUAAUCUCUACUAGCCACACCUCAACUUUCAAAAAGUAUAAUUUUAAAUUGCACAACAUGGUGGAUCGUCUAGUAAAUUCUGAAGCUAAUUCAAGGCGAAUUGCUAUGGUCGAAAGCUGCUUUGGCAGCUCUGGUGUACCUUUAGCAAUUCCAGGACGCGUGCUUGUUGGCGAAGGUGUUUUAACUAAGAUGUGUCGCAAGCGGCCAAAGUCUCGACAGUUUUUCCUUUUCAACGAUAUAUUGGUAUAUGGUAAUAUCGUAAUAGGAAAGAAAAAAUAUAACAAACAACACAUUAUGCCAUUGGAAGAGGUAUCUUUGGAAUCUCUCGAGGAUAAUGGACAAUAUCGUAAUGGUUGGUUGAUACGAACCACAACAAAAUCGUUUGUUGUUUACGCCGCUACAAGUACUGAAAAACAAGAAUGGAUGGCACAUAUCAACAAGUGUGUGGAAGAUUUACUGCGAAAGAGCGGAAAAAAACCUGUGGAGAAUCACGCUGCUGUUUGGGUACCAGACGCCGAAGCCACCCACUGUAUGAAUUGCAAGAAAACACAAUUUACGAUGAUAGUUCGACGUCAUCAUUGUCGCAACUGCGGAGCAGUUGUAUGCGGACCGUGCUCAUCUAAAAAAUUUUUACUGCCUCAACAAAGCUCCAAACCUGUACGUGUUUGUACCGCUUGUUAUGAUCGUCUUUCUAAAGCGGUAAAAGCGGAAUCGUCCAAAACGAACCUUACAAAUGCUGGUGCAAAUUUAACAACACCAUCUUCCGCGAAUAUUGAUGGCAAUGGUAAUGGCACUGGAAAAAUGGUGGACAGUUCGGGUGAUGAUGAUUCGGAGGAAGAAGGCACUGGUGCAGCCAACGAAAUGCACGAUGAACCACGUUUCUACGGUGAUACAACAUUGUCGGCUGAUGAAUCUACGUCAUCUGCGGCGCUUAAUUCGAGUCACACACCUAGUGUUAAUAACUGAUGUGCGCAGUCUAAAUGUUUAGAGGGCGGGUUAUUGGACGCAGGUGGUGACGAACGCGGGAAUAUACACAGUCGAACUGUUACAAGAAGGAAAGGGUGUGACGAUAUGCAGCGAAAUAAAAAUAAACAAAAUUAUAAAAUUAAACAACGACAGCAAGAAGAAAAAACUGAAGUAAAUCAACCA